AUGUUCUAUUCCGACGCGCUGCUCGGAAAGAGCGGUCCUCUUGUCCGCGUAUGGCUGUCCGCCAACCUCGAGCGCAAGCUCUCCAAGACGCACAUCCUGCAGUCCAACUUGCCCGACAGUGUAGAGGCAAUCAUCACACCCGGCCAGGCCCCCAUGGCCUUGCGUCUAAGCGGUCAGCUGCUGCUCGGUGUCGUCAGAAUUUACAACCGCAAGGCCCGCUACUUGCUCGAGGACUGCAAUGAGGCUUCCAUGAAGAUCAAGAUGGCCUUCCGCUCAAGCGACAACCACGAUAUUCCCGCCGCCAACCUGUACGUCAACAAUCGCGAAGCUCUGUUGCUGCCUGACAAGAUCACUCCACUCGACAACCUCGAUCUGCCCCCGCCUCCCGAUGCUGCCUGGCUUUUGUCGCAAAUGGACGAUGUGACGGCCACCCCUGUGGGUCGCAAGGGCCGCGUUAGCAACCGUGACAUCAACCUGCAGGAGGAUUUCAACAACAGUCAGUUCCUGAACCAGGCAGACACCCUGGAUGAUGAACUGGAGUUGGCGCCAAUGGAGGAUCUCGACUUGGAGCUGGACUUUGGCAUGGACGUCGAUGAGCCUAUCGGCCGUAUGGACACCACAAUCGAAAUGGGAAGAGACGCGCCCCUUGCCCGCUCUGUCGAGGACGACAUCUUCAGCGAGCUCGACAUCAUGCCGCGCGGAAAGGACCAGCCGGAACGCGAGGCCUCACUUGGCUUGGAUCUCAACUUCGGCGACGACAACGUUCGCAUUGCUGACGAGGAGGGAGACAUUCAAAUGGGUGACGACAACGACUUCCAGUUCCCCAUUGCCGAUCAGUCCGUCGUCCCUGGGGCUCCUCUCGACAUGGCUCGCGCCCGCAUUUCCGAGUCCCCGCUUUCAGAGAUCGACCCCGAGUUCGCAAGGGAGGUUGAGGAGGAGUACUCUCGCAUCCAGCACACCGAUCUGUACGAGCCCGAUGAGGACCAGGAUCUGUCCGUCGUUCGCCACCCCCAGCGCGCCAAGAAGAGGAAGGUUCUCCAGCCGGAUGAGCAGACCAUGCUCUCCAGCACUCACAUCAAGGACCAGCAAGCCAACCACGCGAACAUUCUGAGAGCUCAGUCUUUCCUGCCCAAGGACCCCUUCGUCCUCGCUUUGAUGGAGAUGCAGAAGAGCGGAGGCUUUGUUUCUAACAUCAUGCUUGAGGGACGCGGCACAAACUGGGCACCUGAGCUGAGAGGCAUGCUUUCUCUCGAGGCUAUCAGCCGAUCCAGCGAGCUGAAGAGAAAGCGCGACAGCGGCAUCGCCGAUGUUGAGAGUGAUCAGGGUAUCUCUUCCAAGUCACCACGCCUGAACGUGGAUGAGGAGGAUGCUUUCGCUAUUGAAGAUGCCGGCCUGGGCAACCAAAGUGUUGCAGCAGACGGCACCAUCCUUGAGAUCCCGGCCGAGGACGAUGGCAUGGGCUUCGGAGGAGACGAUGACACUGCCAGACCCGUCUCUCGCGAGGCAAGCCCGAUGCCGAACUUCGACGACACCGUUGCCCCCAACGUCCACCCCGAAGACAGCGGCCCGGUUUCCCUCGGCACCAAGCAUGCCGUGCACGUCCUCAGAGAUAUUUUCGGCCCCGACGCCGAGCACGAUGCCGACAAGCGCAAGAAGAGCGCAGUUGUCUUCCAAGACUUGCUCCCCGAGAAGAGAACAACAAAGGCCGACGCGACAAAGAUGUUCUUCGAAUGCCUCGUCCUCGCGACAAAGGAUGCGAUCAAGGUCGAACAGGGCGAAAACCUGGGAGCUCCUAUCAAGGUCCGCGCAAAGCGUGGCCUCUGGGGCGCCUGGGCCGAGCGCGAAGCUGGCGGCGAGAUUGCAGAGGAGGAGGAGGCUAACCAGCCAGAGCCUGCUGCUGUCAGCGCGCCCGCCGUCGCCGUUGAGGCAUAG